GAGCGGGCUGGACUCGGGGAGAGACUCGGAUGAUGGGGAUUAUACAGCGCUGCGGUGGAGGAGGUUUUUUGCAAAGUGCUGUUGGUCCGCCUGACAGCUCGAUGAUUGCGCUGUGGAGGUUUGGCUGAGGAGCUGAGCGCAGCAUGGGCACCGGGGAUUACAUCUGCGUGACGCUGCGUGGUGGUGCGCCCUGGGGAUUCACCCUGCGAGAGGCUGAGGGGGACACCUACAGACCCUUCUUAGUCUGCCAGGUAGUAGAAGGCGGUCGUGCCUUCCUGGCUGGAGUGCAGGAAGGAGAUGAGGUGGUGUCACUCAACGGAGAGCCAUGUGCUGAUCUCACUCUUUUACGAGCCUUGGCGCUCAUCGACACGUCGAUAGACUGUCUGCAGCUGCUUGUCAAAAGAUACUGCACAAUCCCCCGAGAAGAGUAUGAAUCACACGAGACACAUUUUGGUCAAAGGGACUCUUCUGGUGCAUCCGUAGAGAGCACCACACUCCACAUCUUCUCCCCAAAUCACAAGUCCCAAAGCCCAAGGGAACUCUACAUAUCUGAGUCCCGGGAUGAGGCCUACCAUGGGAAGUUGCACAGUGACACAUCGUUUCCCAGGGAACCGGGGUUGCUGUGCACCGAACUACAGGUUCCCUCGUCUGGUGAUCGGAAAGGCCAGGAACCAGUUUUGAAGGAAGCUGAUGAAGAAUUACAGCGGUGUUUCUCCCCUGGGGACAUGGUCGAGCUCCAGGUGUCCCUGUCUGAGCAAACGCUGGAUGAUGUGGGCUGCACAUCUCUUGGCAGUGCUCUUGGGAUCCAGGGUGAACUCUCAAACAGAGAGGCCGUUGAAAUGAUGCGCACAAUGACCACAUCACACCCUGCGCCCUGCUCUGUCAGAGAGCCGCUCGGCCAUCAUGGAGUGGUGCUCAGCUCUCCUUCGAUGCUGGGGCAGGUGGAGGUCAUUUUGAAGCAGCCAGCAGCAUCAGGAGCAGGGAGGAGCAUCGUGAGUGUGGGUGGCCCUAGGAUCAGUGGAAGUGUUGGAUCCCAAAGCAAAGGAGAAGAGGAAGGAGGGGACAGUGAGGGAGAUCCUGGAUCUUUCACUGUCUCAUUUGGAAUUCCCUUGGAAGAGGGGACACCACCAGAAGAGCAGGACUCUGAUUCUGAGGGGGAUCAAGAUAAACCCCACAAACAUCGUGCAAGACACGCCAGGCUCAGGCGUAGCGAGAGUCUGUCUGAGAAGCAGGUGAAGGAGGCCAAGUCCAAAUGUAAACGUAUUGCUCUCCUUCUUACGGCUGCUCCGCCCAACCCCAACAACAAGGGGUUGUUGAUGUUUAAAAAACAUCAACAGAGGGCCAAGAAAUACACACUUGUGAGCUACGGCACAGGAGAAGACGAGCCAGAAUACAGUGACGAAGAGGACGGGGAAAACGAAGACGACAAAGAAGAAACCCACACUGUUGAAUUCACCCUUGUGGCUCCUCACAAUUCUGACAUAGAUAAGCAUUUCCUCACUAAUGUCCAUAGUGGCAAAGGUGUGCUGACUAUCAACUGGGACAAGGGUCUUCUUGAGAUUGAAAGGAACCUGAACAACCAAGCGGUAAUGGAAUGUUUGCCUGAAACCAAGGGCAAGGGUGCCCUGAUGUUUGCCCAGCGGCGCCAAAGAAUGGAUGAGAUUUCUGCUGAACACGAGGAACUUAGGCGCCAAGGAAUGCCAGUGGAAGGAGCACAGGAGGUUGAGAAGAUGGUAGAGCACUCCUACAUGCAGUCCACAACAGAGGGCCAUGCUUACAUGGAUGUAAAUAUACAUCAACAAAAUCAACAGCAACAACAGUACCAGCAAUAUCAGGAGCAGCAGUACUAUGAGCAACAACAACAAUACCAAAAACAGUAUCAACAGCAGCAAUAUGAACAACAGCAUUAUCAGCAACAGCAAAUGUAUCAGCAGCAGCAGCAAGAAUAUCACCAAGAACAGCAAAUGCAGCACUAUUCUACAACCAUCAAUGGAACAGUCCAACAUCAAACCAAUGAAAUGCAGAAUUCUUUCAGCAAUCGUAUUGCAAAGCCUUUCUCAGUAGAAAACAUGGUGGCUGCCCCUUAUUCUCCUGCAGUGAGUGGGACCAAUCAAGAUUCUGUGGUCCAAGGAGAACAGAUAGCUUCCCGUGAUGAGCGCAUUUCUACCCCUGCAAUUAAAACUGGUAUCUUGUUGGAAGCAAGGAAAAGAAACACUGGCAAGCCUAUGUUUACUUUUAAGGAAGCACCAAAAGUAUCACCGAACCCAGCAUUGUUAAACCUUCUCAACAGGAGUGACAAGAAGAUGGGUUUUGAGUCAGGACCUGAGGAAGACUACCUUAGCCUUGGGGCUGAGGCUUGUAAUUUCCUCCAGUCUCCAGUUAAACACAAGACUCCUCCACCAGUGGCUCCAAAGCCUGUGAUCAACCCAAACUCUCUUCCUUGGACUCCACAGAUAGAAGUGACCAACCAGGACAUGCCCCAGCAAGCUGAAAAUAGUGUAUCCACACCUGCUGUAGCCCCCACCACGGAGUCUACUCCUGCUCCAGAACUAGAGCCAAACCCUGCACCUGCCCCUGAGCCCUCUCCCUCUCCUGCCCUCCAGGAGGUUCCUGCCAGCACCACUGCAGUGGAACAGCACACAUGGACGCUCCCAGAGCCUGAAUCUCAACAACAGCCUCUGCAAGUAAUAGCUCAGGAAGAAUAUGGCCACAUGAAUUCUACUUUGCAGCCUGAAUCUGCUCCUGUGACUAGCUGGGCUGCAGCACCAGCACAGGCACAACAACAGCCGCCUACCAGUUCUUGGCAUCCAACUCAAGUGCAGCCCCAGGAACCACCACCAAGUCAGUCCCCACCACAACCACCUUGGGUGACACGCCAAACUACUCAGACCCAAGUGCAGCCUCAAACCUCCACAAAUACCUGGACCCCACAAAACCAGACAUCCUGGAAUCAGCCUCAAGAGCAAGUACAAGCCCAGACAAAUGUUCAGCCCUCCUGGGCCCAUCCUCAAGAGCAAACACAGUCUCAGCCAUCUUGGGCACACUCUCAUGAGCAGCCAAAUCUGCAGCAAAUGCAACCAACUUGGGGUCAACCUCAAGAACAACCAAUGCAACAGCAGCCACAGGUCCCAUGGACACAGUCAUCACAAACACACACUCAGCAUCAACCACCGUGGAUGCAACAACCCCAGCAAAAAUCACAAGUACAACCACCUUGGGUUCAGCAGGUUCAGCCAGAAUCCCAGCAACAACCACCAUGGGUUCAGCAACCACAGCAUCAGGCGCCACAACAACCAUGGCCACAGGCUCAAGCACCAGGUCAGCCUCAACCACCUUGGGUCUCAGCUCAGCUUCAGCAGCAACAGCAACCGCAACCUACAGUUAAUGCAUGGCCUCCAUCGCAAACUCAAGCCCAAGUUCAGCCACCUUGGAUCCAAGCAACCCAAGCACAACCUCCAGUGCAGCCCCAAGCCAAUUUGAAUCCAUGGGCACCGGUACCUGCCCAGGCUCAGUCCCAACCAUCAUGGGCCCAGCACCCUUCUGAACAUGGUCAGCCCCCCAUGAGUUCUUGGGCCCAAGAGCAAAAUCCGGCCCCAUCUUCAUCACCCUGGGCACAAGCAGUUCCAGCCCAGCCUCCAACACAGCCAAACUGGCAACAGAUCACUUCAAAGACUUCACCACCUCCACCAAUGAAUGCGUGGCCUUCAGCUCAGUCAGAGCCUCAGAAACCUGUGAAUGCAUGGGCACCACAGUCACAGCAAACACCUAUGAAUGUCUCCACAUCGUUGGUGAACACACGUCCCUCUCCAAAACCUUGGCAUCCACAGCAAAAUGCCUCACAAAACCGAACGCCUCCACCCCCACCACAGCGAAUGCACUCAUUUAUAAUUGGUCAAAGAGCUUCAUCACCUGUCAACCCAAUGGCCACUGUUUUAAAUCCAUCUCAAGGUUCAGCUCUUGAGAUGCCAGCUGUUAGAGGGAAAGGAGCUGAUAUGUUUGCCAAGAGACAGUCUCGUAUGGAGAAGUUUGUUGUGGACUCUGAGACAGUGGAAGCAAACAAGGCAAGCCGGUCAACAUCACCAGCUGCUUCCUUACCGAAUGAGUGGAAAUACACACCCAAUGCACUUGGCCGGAGCUACUCCCUUUCCCCACCAGCCAGAGUGCCAUCCAUAGGCCGGAAGUCAGCUUCUUCUUCCACCAAGCCUCCAGCUUGGGCCUCCACAACUCCCCCAGCAAGGCAGACAUCCUGGCUGGAGCAGGGUCAUAAACCCCUUACGCCCUGGGAGGCUGCCUCCCGGCAUCCCCUUGGCCUGGUGGAUGAAGCCUUCGCAGUGCAGGACCUCCAGCAAACCAUUGCCUCGAACAUCCGCUUGGCAGCCCAGCGCAAGGUGCUGCCCGAUCCACCAGCAGAGUGGAAGGAAAGGGUUUCUUACCGAGCCCCGCAGAAAACAGGCAGCCACACUUGGAGCCAGAGCCAAAGCCGCUGUCAGAGUCGAGCUCCGCUGCCAUCGUUUGUGUCCCCAACAAGGAGCACUGUUUCCACUCCUGCCAGUCAGGCUGGUUACAGGUCACUGCCCAGACAGUGGCAGCCUCAGAGGUCUGCAGCAGAAUCACAUCUGGGGACUUCAGUGUCCUACUCUGAGCAUAAGUGGCCCUUGGGAAAACAAACUUACAAGUCUGUGUACACCAGCAACACUCGGAGCUGGAAGCGGUAGGAUACAACUCAGUUUGUGUGAUCUUAAAUUAGUCAUAUCCCACUCCUUAAUGACUUUAUAACACAUUCAAAAAAGCAGUCAGAGCAUUUCCUUUUCAUCAACAUUUAAACAAACAAUAAUGUGGAGAGUAAAAAAGAGUGAGCUAAUAUUGAAGUGGACCCUUGGAAAGGUUGCUGAAGUUCUCCUGGUUUUGACAUGCUUAUAUAAUUUUUUGUAAAUGCUUUAUGCUUUUUGCUCUUAAAUCUGUAGUGUGAAAUAUAUUAGGUGAAAUCUUUGCAUGCAGUAAUCAAAUGUGAAAAGAGAUUAUUACAUUCAUAAUGUAUGGGAAAAAAAAAUAUUUCAUUAAUCUUUUAACUGACAACUUUCUAGCUUGGUUAAUACACUGAAGUGGACCUGGAGAUCAUCAUUUGAGGAGAUGAGUAUGUAUUUUAGAAUGUAUAUAAUGAGUCAGUAGAAAUAAGUGGGAAGAUCUGAGUUAUUGUAAAGUAAUGGUAUUUCUGGAGAUAACUCUAGCUUGUGAUACUUUCAGAACAUUCAAAACAUACAAAAUAACUGUGCUGUCUUGAGAAAAGAGAUAUGUGAGGAUACUAAGUUGUAGAAAGAAGCUGUGACCUACCCAUCAUACAGGAAGUUGCAAGUGAUGAUUGUCUCUUGAACUGUUGUGAGCUUGAGGACGGAUAUGCCGUUUGUGCUGGUUUAUUCUUCUGCUGUGGAUGUACUUAUCUAGCAUGCUGGUUCUUGCAGUGAUUCUGCAAUUGUUUUUGUCUGGUUUUGUUUGAUUAUCAAUCCAUGAAACUUGAGGAUGGUAUUUUCAGAUGAGGAAAACAUUUCACUGUCAGAAUGCAAUUAGUGAUGCAGACAGAGAACCUGGGAAAAGGUUAGUGCUAUAACUCAGCGUGAUGUGGGCGGACGUGUUAUUAUGUAAGCUCUAAUAUGUGAGAUUAAUUCACUUAUUUACUAGGUGCAUUUUAAUUAGCACAUUAGCAUGUGGCCAUUAACUACUCAGUGAAUGAGGGACGAUGAGAAACAGAAAAUCUGCAUCUUUUCAAGCAUUAUAGCUUUGGAAAGACUUUUCUUUGGGAAUCUGGAAUGAACUGUAAGACUGACUUGAAGGAUAUUGAAGUUUUAGUUGGGAGGAAAAGUUGAACUGAGGAAUGUUGAUGAGCCCUACUUGUGAGGUUAGAAAAAUAUUGUUUUAGUUUGUGAUAGGUUUAAUGGCACUGGGAGAAUUGCUUACAGUAUGUAAUGGUUUAUAGCUUGCUUUUGAUUUGGGAAUUUGCUAUAGACUUGUGAUCAUGUCCAACAAUUAAAGCCAGGGUUGGUGUUUCUGCAGAGUGUAUGUAAUGUCCUAAAGUGAUUCUCACCAAGCAGUCUCAUAAACAUAAAUAAGAUUUAGCACACAACAUUGUGUUGUGUCUCAGCUGACCCACUGAGCAUCCUGAUGUAUAUAUGCAUAUCCAUGAUAAUUACACUGUAUUGCUUAAAUUCAAACAGCAUUUAUUCUGAUCAUAAUACCAGUAAUCAAUUUCUGUUCCAAACUAAGUGAGAUAUGGAUUCACAUAAAGCAUUUCACAAAAUAAAUGCAGCCAAAUAGCACAAUUUCCCAUAUUGCAGUGUGUUUGUGCUCUUUGCUCUCUAUUCAAAGCAUGAAAUACUUUGCUCCGAGCCAUUUGUUUGUUUGCUGUACUAUCCCAUCAAGCUUUUUGUAUCGUGUUGUCUUUAAUAGUCGCUCGCUCCAUAUCCAUGGGAGGGGGUUGUGAGGGCUUGGUGGGGACUUGUUCCCAUGGUGACCACUCGUUACAUAAUAAUAGUGGAUACCUAAUGUAGCUGAACCAUCAGAGAAUGAGAGAUAAGGACACAGAGGGAGAUGAUAAACAGAAAUUAUUUCCCAACCAAUUCAGAUUUUCGAAAUGCUGCAUGCCAAAUGCUGUUAAAGGGUGGAGCUUGAAUCAGAGUUUAAACAAUCAUAAAGCCUGACACACAUAGCUUUAAAAUAUUUCAUUUAAUGGGUUCCUGGCAUAGUUUUCUGUUUGUCAGACAUUACAGUAUAGUGCAGAACUUGCUUUUAACAUCCAACCUUAUGCUUUCCUGCCACACUUGGUGCUGCAAACUCAACCUGCCUCCCUUUAUUUGUCUCUUUUACCAAGUGAAGGAAUAUAUCGGAGGAAGAUUAAAUUUAGUAACGACAAUUAAAACAUAGUGAUUGGAUUGUAAGGGGGAUUAAGCCUAUUAGUUCUUGGUCCUUCCUAUUUCACUCGAUGGUGUUUAAAGACAAUAGUAUCAGAUUAGUCUGUAGGCCCUCCGGGAGCCAUGUUCAAGUGCCUGAGUAUAUUUAUUGUUAGCUGUGCAUUGCAAUUCUGGAGCGCAAAUAAAGAGAAUUGCAGCUGACACUAUUUUUGUGCUUAAAGCUUUGUCAGGGGUUUCCAAGAAGCUUAUUUUUUUAUCCCUUUGGUACUUUGUUACAACAUUUUUGUAUUUGUUGCACAGUUGAGCUUUGUAUAGGUGACUUAUGUAGACAAUUGGUUCCCUACUAAGUGAUGCAUCAGGCUUCUUCAUCAGCAAAACCCAUCACGUUGCAAAUGUCAGUUUCAACUUAGGGCUGCUUGGUUAAGUUUGCAUUUGCACUACUGCCACUUGGAUUGGCAGAACCAUUUAUCCACCACUUGUAGCUAACUAUUUCAACCUUUUCUCCAUUACUUUUAACUGUUUAACCAUUUAUCCAACACCUUUAGCAAAUAUUAUAACUGUUCAUCCAUUACUUGUAGCUAAGUGUUUCUACCCUAUUAAACACUGUUUAUUACUUUUAGCUAUUUCAUGCAUUUAUUUAACAUUUUAAGCAAUUAUUAAACUAUUUAGCCAUGACUUCUAUCCACUUCUCCCUUUCACUUUGAAUGAUUUCGAGUCCUACUUUUAGCUAAGUGUUUAUCUGUAAUAUCUAGCUGUUUUCAGUUAUUUGUCUAUUUCUUUUUGCUUCUGUCCACUCUUAAACUGUUUACUUAUUAACUUUAGCUAUCUGUUUCAACAGUACAUCUAUUAGGCUAUUUUUAGUUGACUCUUAUUACUAAUCUGUUGCUUUUAGCUAUUUUAGUCAUUUCUCUUUAAAUAUUUCAUUUAUCUUGUAUUAUUUUUUGUUUCUUUGUUUCUUAAUCACAAGAUUGUUCAGGUCUUACAAAUGUGAAUAUAUAUUUAUGA